GUGAAUAUAAAGAAUGCCCGGUCAGUAUCCGCGAACGUACCCGAAGUGUCCGCGGACAUAUAGGGGAGCCGGAUUUGUCAAAGUCCGGCCGCAGAUGCUCGGAAAUGCAGUUUAGGUCUGCCUCCCAGCCCUCGUCCCUGCCACCCCUAAAGAAAACAAAUCCCUCGUCCCUGCCACUCUGCACCUCUUCGCCCUCGUCCCCUUACCCUCCAUCUCAAUCCCUUCGCUCUCUCUCUCCUCUCGUCCCCUCACUGAAUCCCCACUCCGCAAGAAUCUCUCACUCACCAACACAAAAUCAACCAAUGCUGGCUGAUUCCAAGAUGGAUCCAACGAAUAGUAGGCAAGGGUCUUGUUCUUGAGCGGAGCAGCGCGAGCUUGAGGCCACCGGCGGCGGCGGCUCUUGCUCCAGCGGGCUGGGGAAGGGGCGGAGGCUGCGACCUCACCCGGCGGCGCCAGAUCUUUCCGAUUCCGACUCGUUGGCCUCCCAAUCUUAAAUCUUUGCCUGCAGGCACGGCCCGCGAUGCCGCCGCCGCGUGUGCGGGAGUUGGGGGAGAUGUACGAGCUCGUGGAGGAGAUCCUGCUCCUCAUCCCGCCUGAGGAGCCCGCGGUCCUCAUCCGCGCCUCCCUCGUCUGCAAGGCGUGGUGCCGCCUCCUCUCCGGCCACGCCUUCCGCAGCCGCUGCCGCACCUUGCACAAAACACCUCCAGUCCUGGGCUUCUUACAAAGGUGGGAGGACAACGUGGGGCGCUCCGUCCCCACCACAAAGUUCCGCCCCCGCAAUCCCGAGCGGCGGGACAGUUAUGUGCUCGACUGCCGCCAUGGCCGCAUUCUUCUUGGGUGUAGGUGGUACGAUGAGGGGGAGGAGGAAGCUGACGAGCAGUUGAAAGAGGAAGAAGAUGAUAUCGAGGAGGACGGUGAGGGGGAAGAAGCUGACAAGGAGGAGGAAGAAUAUGAUACGGAUGAGGAGGGGGAGGAGGACGACGAAGAUGAAGAUGAGGGGAAGGAAGAUGACAGGGUCUCGAAGAUGGUCGUCUGGGACCCCGUGUCGGGAAAGCCGAAUCCAGUUGCGCAGCCCCGACAUUUUCGACCCUGACGUCAACGGCGCAACCUAUUGGGGCACGGUGCUAUGUGCGGCGGAUGGCUGCAACCACGCUGCCUGCAACUUGGGGCCAUUUUUCGUCGCUUUAAUCGGCCUUGACAGCUACCGGCCGUAUGAUGACGAUGAUAAGAGGCUGCGGGCGUUAGUAUACUCGUCAGAGACCCGGGAAUGGACCUCAACAGCCACUAUUCACAUCGGUGGCGUUGGAAGAUUUGAAGACUACAUCAUCGGAAGGCCCAGUGUCUUUGUUGGACAAGCGCUCCACUUCCUCCUUCACGGGGAUCCAACUGUGGCCAACAUUUUUAUUCUCAAGUAUGACUUCCAUAGGCAUCGCCUAUCAGUCAUUGAUCUGCCAGAGCUGUGUGCGAGCAGCUGGACCCCCCCUCCUCAUCUCGGUGGAUGACAGUGGGCUGGGGCUCGUCCACCUAGACCAGGAUGGGCUAUGCUCCAUUUGGUCGGUGGAGGUGAGUGUUGAUGGAGUAGCGUCGUGUAUCCAACUCAAAGAAAUGGACCUCAAGGCGCUUGUCCCCAUUGGCUAUCCCAUGAGCUCAGACUCUCUAAAGUUGGUUGGCUGGGUGGAGGGCACCGAUAUCAUCAUUGCGGUCACAGAUCUUGGUGUGUUCACAAUUGAUCUCAAGUCUUUGAGGUUGAGGAAGUUGUCGAGUAAGCCAUAUAGUUUCACAUUCAAGCGAGAUUCAUUUAAAAACCUCUUUCUCUACACGAGCUUCAACAAUCCGCCAGCGGUGGCAGGUGCUGUGGCCGUGGCUGAAGCAAGAUCAGCAAGUUAAGCAGGACGUCAGAACGCAGCAGUUUGAAUCUCGGGCAAACCGUUGAAGCAUGGAAGUUGAGCUUGAUCUUUUUGUGGUGGUUCUCAUUCUGAGUCAUAUCCUAUGUUUGAUAUGGGAGUCUUAGCUCUGGUAUCUUGUCAAGGGUCAGUUGUAAGUUGGUUACCCAGCAUGCAUGCAUGCUUGCUCCUCUUUGCAUGGCUUAUCACACUGUACUUCCAGUAACUGGUGGAAGAUAUGGUCACGAAAAUUGUCAAGCUCUUGUUCCUUUAGUCAUUUUGUUGACUUGUCAUUCUGUUCCUUAUG